UACAUACUUAUUAUACUCUUUGAUCAACAAUCCUUCCAACGUGAACGAGUGUGAUAAAAUUAACUGAUAAAGGUGGAUCAAAGACAAAUGGACAUUGACCGGUAUAAUAGAUAAUAACAAGUAACUGUUGGUAGUUAUUUUGUGAUGUUGAGUUACAAGAGAAUUAUUACAAAUAUUAAUAAAAUGACUUCGUUACAUCAACAUUUUACAAGCGCAAAUUUUCAUUCAGCCAGAUUAAAAGGAAAAGUAGCUAUUGUUACAGCAUCUUCUGAAGGUAUUGGUUUUUCAAUUGCAAAACGAUUGGGAAAUGAAGGAGCUUCUGUUAUAAUAAGUAGCCGAAAGGAAGAAAAUGUAAAGAAAGCAACGGAGAGUUUACGCAAUGAGGGUAUUAAUGUUGAAGGUAUUGUUUGCCACGUCAGUAAUGCAGAACACAGAAAACUCUUAUUUGAAACUGCAAAAUCUAAAUUUGGGGGUUUUGAUAUUGUUGUGUCUAAUGCUGCUGUUAAUCCAUCUGUAUCACCAAUUUUAGAAACAGAAGAAGAAGUAUGGAAUAAGAUAUUUGAUGUCAAUGUUAAAAGUGCUUGGUUAUUAGCCAAAGAAGCUUAUCCAGAAUUGAUAAAAAGAGGCGGAGGAAGUAUUGUAUUUGUUGCAUCUAUUGCAGCUUACCAACCAAUGGAACCUUUAGGUGCAUACAGUGUUAGCAAGACCACGCUGCUUGGAUUGACAAAGGCAAUUGCAUCUGAAAUUGUGCAUGAUAACAUAAGAGUGAACUGUGUGGCGCCAGGAAUUGUUGCAACAAAAUUUGCUUCAGCUAUAACAACUUCUGAAGCAGGCAAAGACAAGUCUUUAUCAAUAGUGCCAAUGAAAAGAUUUGGGAAACCUGAUGAGAUUGCGAGUGCUGUGGCAUUUUUAGUUUCCGAUGACGCCAGUUAUAUCACUGGGGAAACAUUGGUUGUGGCAGGUGGAGCUUAUGCACAUCUUUAACUAUAAGGACAAUUUUUUAUAACUUUUAUAUUCUAAUUUUAAUUUGUUAAUGAAUAUAUUAAAUUGUGGUGGUCUUUAUGUACAGUAAUAAUUAAGGUUUAGGAACAUGAACCAACAUUUAUGAUCUUAAUUUGAUAUUUAUAUUGUUAUAUGUUAUAUUGGGUGUACAUGUAUUUAAAACUGUUA